GAAGAAGUAAAAAUACGCUUCCAAACAAGGGAAAAAACCAGUUGUGAUCAAAAGUGACUCUUGGGGUCUAGACGCUAGCAUCCAUGUGGCGAAGCCCGAGAUAAGUGUAUAUCCUAGAGCAAAAAACGAAGUGUUGUAGAACAUUUAUGCAUGACUCUGACUCAGAGGAUGUAAGGAUUUUCACCUUUAAAGUAAAGCUGUUUUAUGUUUGGCAGAUGUGUAGAACAUCUGAUACAGAAGUGUAUGUAUCAGGGCCGGCAGAAGCGGGCCUGCAAGAUCUUCUUUGCACGUGGGUGCCGACCAGCUGAUGAACCGAGGUCUUGUUUUUGUUUUAAUGCAAAAGAAUGUGCACUUACCAGGGAAGAAAAAUAAAUGUAUCUUGAAUGCUACAUAGGGCAGGGACCAUGGACAUUUGCAGCCCUCACCUUUCCUCUCCAGCCCACACAAAUACCUUGCCACAAUCCAAUGAGUCGUUAGGUACAGUGUCACACAAAGAAGUUCAAGUUCCAAAAGCCGUGGGAAUUCAAGCUGUGAGCAAGUUUAAUCUAGGUAAUACAACACACUAACCACCCACAGACACCAUGCACAGAAUAACCUUUCUGAGCAUGUAGUACCAUAUAAUGGUCAUUUUCCAUGUGUCUAGAAAGUCGCGUGUUGUAUAUCGUCUACACAUUCCUUCUUCUUAUCUACUGAGUGGUUGGUGAAGAAAAUUUUGAUGUACGAUAACUUACUACUAUUGGAAAAGAAAAAUCCAUUUGAUGAAGUACGUACUUAUUUAAUUUUGCUUAGUACAAUUUCUGUUUAUCCUUAUUUAAUCAAUUUUAUUAUAUUAUUAUUUAAAAUGUGUAUGGCCUUUUUUUUUUCCCUAGAAAAAUUUCCUGAGGAGUGGAACUGAUUAGCCCUUUCUUUGGGGACAAAUUUGUCAUUUCCCCACAUGUAAGAAUGAAGACAGGUGCCAACUUUUCAUUUUCUUCACCGAAGUUGGAGAGGGGGGUAAGAUUUGUAUGGAUGAAAAUUCAAAGUCAUAUAGAGGAUUUAUUUUCCUUUUUCAUAGGGAAGCGGUCUAAGUCCAAAUUCUCAACAUUUAUGUAAUUUAUUUAAUGACUGAACUCCCAAUCAAGCAUCUUGGUGUGUUCGUGCACAUGUUUGUACAGAAAGGCAAAAAGGAUAUAAAAGGCCGCAUGGGGAGCUCACCCAUUAGGCAUGUGGGCAGAGGGGCCCGAGGUAAAGAACUGAAGUUUUAUAUUCAGUUACUUCCAUAAAACGUUGAGAAACUUUAUUAGAUUUUUAAUAUUAAGUUGGCUUCUGGGACUUUACCCCGUAUCCUGCUGAAGAAUGCUGCAUCAGAUCCUCUGAGGACAAGACCUUGUUCUUCUCGUUAACGGUUGAAAUUUCAAAAUUUGAUUAAUUCCCUCGAGCUAAAGACAGAAUUGUCUACAUUGGUCAUUUAAGCUUAGGUUUACAACACACAGAAUUCAUGCCAGUUGUAAACGUAUAUUUUUUGUAUAUUGGCAAAAUAUUUUGCACUUUCAACCUCUGAAAUUUAUCAAUUAUGUGCCUGGUCAAAGCCGCCUAAAAUAGAAGGCCUCCCAACCAAACUGUGACGUCACGCAAGUUGGUGAAACAGUUCGUCGCCAUUCCGUUGACCCACCAUGUGCUUAGAAUGCUUGGUCAAGCAGUCAGUAUUAUCUUCUACUGUGUGUUUGUGCUCUUUUGGUUCUCUCGAUUUGAUUAUCAACAACCUGAUAAUUCUCUCGGAUUAUUUUAGCAAAAUAUGGUAAAUACAUGCUGUAUUCCGAAUUGUAAGGGCAAUUAUCCAAAUGGCCCAAUUGUAUCUGUUUUUAGUUUUCCAAAAUGUCCUGAACUGAAGGAAAAGUGGUUAGCAAAGAUACCGCGAGAUUUUGAGCCAUCACCUCAUUCCAAGGUGUGUGAACUUCAUUUUGCCGAUGCUGCCAUCAGACGCACUACUCAAGCAUUUGAUGAAAAAACGAUGAAAACUAUAGAAAUAAAAUUAAAACAACCUCGUUUGCAGAAGGAUGCUGUUCCUACUAUUUUUCCCAAUUGUCCAAAGUAUUUAUCAUCUAUUCCAGCAGUGCGAGAGCCUGUAAGACAACACCAGACUGAGCAACGACACAUAGAAGCUGCUAUCGCUGAAAGUAUUAAAUAUCAAAAAGAGUAUGAAUCUAGAUAUAAUUUUAAUUCUUUUAGUGACUGUUUAAAAUGCAUAAAUAAUUCUGAAAUUCCAGAUGGCUGGAUUUUUGUGCAUAAGGAAAAUAACGUUUAUUUUCAUUUUGUAACAUAUAGCCCACCGACUGCAGAAAUGGUGUUUUCAGUAAACAUUAAUUCUGAUUUACAAAUGACAGCUUUCACAAAAGAUAUCCCUAUUAAUGUUGUAAAUAAAAUUGGUCUACCAUUAAGUAUAAAAUCUGUACAUGGAAUUUUUUAUGUUCUAAAUUAUUUAAAACUCAAUAUAAAUGUGCCCACUGAUAAUCUUGAAAGCUGUAUUAAUUCUACGAAACAUUGUUUAAAUAAUUUGAAAAAUUUGGUUAAUGAAGAAAAAAAAAGUGCUAGUAUAUCAUCGAAAUAUAAAGACGUUGUUCAUAUACUACCCGUUAAGAAAAUCACAGCAGAUAUAUUAUUUCAUUACAUAAAAAAAAUUAUUUGUGGACUAGAAGAAAUUGGAAUACACAUUUUCUGCAUUAUAACUGACAAUAAUGCCAUAAAUCAGAAAGCUGUGUCAUGUUUUGCCGAUCCUCCAAAGUCUAGCAUUGUUUACCGUCAUCCCAUGUCGAAUGAAAAACCAUUGUUUUUUAUGCUAGACACAGUGCAUUUAAUAAAAAGUAUACGAAAUAAUUGGUUAAAUCAAAAGAAUGAGGGAAAAUGUAUGUUUUAUCCUCCAUUUGCAUCAAACAUGGCUGGAGCAAAUAAAGAUAAAUUAAAAACAGCUUCACUGCAAGUACUCCGAAAACUUCAACAGAUCGACUCACCUAAUUUAAUACAUUACGGAUACAGUUUAACCUUAAAGUCUUUAAAUCCUAGUAACUUGGAAAGACAAAAUGUGAAAUUUGUUCUUCAGAUAUUUAAUGCAUUUGUUGUGGAAGAACGGCCUUUCAAAGGACACAAUAAACGCAAUGAAUUUCAAAAACCCCUCCGUAUUGAUGAUAAACGAAUGCAAUUUUUAUAUACUUUUUUGAAUUGGCUGGAUGUUUGGGAAUCAUAUACAUGUGUAACUGGCACACUGACACGAGAAACCCACCAGGCACUGAAGCAUACAACAUAUGCUGUUAUCGAAAUUACUCACUACUGUAUAGAAGAAUUGAAAUUAGAUUAUGUUCUGACUGGAAAACUUCAGACCGAUUCUCUGGAAGACAGAUUCGGUAAAUAUCGCAGAUUGGCUGGAGCUAAUUAUAAUGUUUCCAUUACACAAAUUUUUGAAAGUGAAAACAAACUUAGAUUGCAAAGUAUCAGCUUUAUCCUUACAACACUCUUUUCUUUAUUGGAAAUAAAUAAUUCAAAUUAUGAAGAACCCUUGGAUGAAAGUGAAAUAGCCCUUUGGCUAAAGCUGAUUUCUGUCGAAGAAAAUGAUUUUCAAAAUAUACAGUCUUUACUUCCCGCACUAAUAUAUGUUGCUGGAUAUUGCUUGUAUGCAGCUAAUAAAAAAAUAAAAUGUUCUGAAUGUUAUCAAAUAAUGGCCAUAGAUAACACUAUAGACAUUUGCGAAAAAUAUGUCUUCAUAAGAAACCUGGAUAGAGGAAAUCUAAAAUAUCCUUCCGAGGAAGUUAUUCAGAUUGUAAUUUACAAUUACAUUAUAAUCACAAAAUUAUUAUCACCUGACCACAAAGUGGAUUUUUGUGAAGUCCAGAAUCAAAGAUCACUUGUGUUUAAAAUUACAUCAGCAAUAUUAAGUUCUAAAGAAAUAUAUCUAGAAUCAGUAAAUUGUCCUUCAAGUCAUUCUUCAGAAUUUUUAAGUUCAAAAAUUAUUUGGCCUUCAACAAAUAUUUUAUUAAAAAAUUUUUGUAGGAAAAAAAUGAUGAAAUUCAAAAAACUUCAGGCCAAAAAGACAACUUGA